GAUACGUAAUUUAGUCAAGAUUAAAGGGAAAUCACUCAAGAAAAAAAAUUGACAAGAUGGCAGGAGUCGAUUAUGAGAGUGUUUUGUGUGUUAAAUCAACUGUACAUGUGUUUAGAAUUCCACCAAGACCAUCAAACAGAGGCUAUAGAGCAUCAGAUUGGAAGCUUGACCAACCUGACUGGACUGGAAGACUUAGAAUUGUAGCGAAAGGAAAAGAUCUGUCCAUCAAAUUAGAAGAUAAAAAUACAGGAGAAUUGUUUGCACGAUGCCCUGUAGAGACGUACCCAGGAAUAGCUGUGGAAUCAGUGAUGGAUUCCAGCCGUUAUUUUGUUCUCCGCAUCAUGGAUGAUAAUGGAAGAUAUGCAUUUAUCGGUCUGGGGUUCGAGGACCGAGGGGAUUCAUUUGAUCUGAAUGUAGCACUACAGGACCACUUUAAACAUUUAAAACAAGAGAAAGAUGCUGUCAAAGCUGAAGAAGAAUUACAAAAGGGACCAAAAUUAGAUCUAGGCUUCAAAGAAGGACAGACUAUUAGAAUAAAUAUCUCCACAAAGAAGAACACAGAAGAAAAUGGAUCAGCGAAAAAACCAAGACCAAAACCUUCAGGAGGAGGAGGUGGUUUAGGAUUUUUACCUCCACCACCAGGGGGCGUAAAACUACCACCACCAGGUGGAGCCGGCUUGUCUUUAGGUAGUUCAGAAUCUCAUAAAACCCAACCCAAACCACAACAGACUGUUUCGAAUAAUCCACCGUCUUUUUCUAGUUCUAGUAACUCUUCUAAGCCAAAUACUAGUUCUAAUGUUGAUCUUUUAUUAGACCUUGGUAUUGAUGAUUUUCCUAAAAGUCAAGGACAGUCUUCCGCGAACCAAGGUCAAGUUCGAGGAUUUGAUUCAGAUUUUGAUCUUCUGAGCGGUACAACAGAUAAUGUGCAACCCGCUGGAGGGGUUUCCGACCCUUGGGGUGAAUUUACCAGUGCAAGAAAGCUUGAGCAGAUGAAUAUUGGAAAGUAAUUCCAGUUCAACAGAUCAAGGAUGGGUGAACUUCUGACCAAAAAACAUGUAUAUAGUCUCUUUUUGUGAUAGAAACUUAGACAUGUAUAUACUUCAUCAAAUCACCAUGGAAACCAGGAAGUUGCUGAUGGCAAUAGAAGAAUGGAU